GCGCGGGAGGGAUCACAUGACCACAGCGGCUGCCUGUACAGUAAGAACCCAAUAUGGCAGCGGCGGUAGCAGUGGCAACGGCAGCAGGACUGGCCGCCCCGUAGACCCCCCCCUCCACUGCGCGCCUCCGCGGCCGCUUCCUCGGCGAGUUGCUUCCCGGUCCGACUUCCCCUUUCUUCCACCUUUCCCAGCACCGCGGGAAAAGCAGUGCAGGGCGCAGCAGGCAAGGGAACGCAGCCGGAGCCGGGGCACGGAAGCCUCCCAGGCAGUUCAAGAACCGACAUGAGGGAAAAGGGACGUAGGAAGAAGGGCAGGACCUGGGCGGAGGCCGCCAAGACGGUCUUAGAAAAAUACCCUAAUACACCCAUGAGUCAUAAAGAAAUUCUACAAGUUAUCCAGAGAGAAGGACUAAAAGAAAUCAGUAGUGGGACUUCCCCCCUUGCAUGCUUAAAUGCAAUGCUGCACACAAACUCCCGAGGAGAGGAGGGCAUCUUCUAUAAAGUCCCAGGUAGAAUGGGAGUGUAUACUUUGAAGAAAGAUGUGCCAGAUGGAGUGAAAGAACUGUCAGAAGGUUCAGAAGAAAGCAGUGAUGGUCAGUCAGAUUCUCAGAGCUCUGAGAACAGCAGCAGCAGUGAUGGUGGCAGCAACAAAGAAGGGAGAAAGAGCAGGUGGAAAAGGAAAGUAUCAUCUAGACUGUCACAGCCAUCCUCUCCACAGUCAGGCUGCCCAUCACCCACCAUUCCAGCAAGUAAAGUCAUUUCUCCAUCACAGAAGCAUAGCAAAAAGGCAUUAAAGCAGGCCCUGAAGCAACAACAACAGAAGAAACAGCAGCAGCAACGCAGGCCAAGCAUGUCCGUCUCCAAUCAGCACCUGUCUCUCACGACUGUCAGAGCAGCCAGUGACUCUGUACCUGCCAAACCUGCCCUAUGGGAAGGAAAGCAAUCUGAUGGACAGUCAAGCAGUCCCCAGAACUCAAAUUCCAGCUUUUCUUCCUCAGUGAAAGUGGAAAGUUCUCUGCUAGGCUUGGGGAAGAAGUCUUUCCAGAGGUCUGACAGACUCCACACAAGACAAAUGAAAAGGACUAGAUGUGCUGACAUUGAUGUUGAGACUCCCGAUUCCAUUCUGGUUAAUACUAAUCUUCGAGCACUGAUCAACAAGCACACCUUUUCAGUUCUUCCUGGAGACUGUCAGCAGCGCCUGCUUUUGUUGCUCCCAGAGGUUGAUCGACAGGUUGGUCCAGAUGGCUUGAUGAAGUUGAAUGUCUCAGCCCUUAACAAUGAGUUCUUCGCUUCUGCAGCCCAGUGGUGGAAGGAUAGGCUCUCAGAAGGUGAAUUUACUCCUGAAAUGCAGGUGAGAAUUCGACAAGAGAUUGAGAAGGAGAAGAAAGUGGAGCUAUGGAAGGAACAAUUUUUUGAAAGUUACUAUGGUCAGAGUUCUGGCCUAAGCCUUGAAGAUUCACAGAAACUGACAGCUUCCCCAAGUGAUCCCAAGGCAAAGAAAAGCCCAGCCGAACAGCCAAAAUCCGUACUUCCUUCAGAGGCCUCUCCUGUCAGAAUCAUCCCAGUAGUUCCUCAGUCCAAGUGUAAAGAAGAAGCAGUGCAAAUAUCAUCACCAUUCAAAAAAGAAGAAGGCCAAGACGAGGCAAGGCCAGAGUCUAAAUCCCCAGAACCUUCUCUUACAUCAGCUAGCACUACAAAUGAGCUUAUCACCAUGAAGCCUACCAGGAGCCCUAAGAAUGAGGGUCUCUUAGAACAGAAGCCAAUUGCCUCUGUUGAACAAGAGUCUGAGAAAGAAAAUCAUGUCACCACAACUUCUAGUAAUAACAAAAGUGAGAACCAAGAAGUGUUAGCUAUAUCCCCAAGCAAAUCUAAAAAUUCUGGGUUAGAAAAACCCAUAACAAAGCCUAUUGGUGAAGCCGGUCCACUGGACCCUGAUUUGAAGAUGCCGCCAACAACUGUUACUGAUCAGAUUUCAGAAAGUCUCAAGAGGAAAUCUUCUCUUACCCAAGAAGAGGCAACUGGCAGCUGGGAGAAAAGACCACGUAUCACUGAGAGUUGCCAGCACCAGCAGCCAUUUCAGGUCUCCCAACAGCCCUUUCUUAAUAGAGGGGACAGGGUCCAAGUGCGAAAAGUCCCACCUCUCAAGAUCCCUGUCUCCAGAAUCUCCCCGAUGCUGUUUUCUACAUCGCAGGUCUCUCCCAGGGCUCGUUUCCCAAUCUCCAUCACUAGUCCUUACAGAACAGGAGCCAGAACUCUGGCAGACAUCAAAGCAAAAGCCCAGUUGGUUAAAGCACAAAAGGCAGCAGCCGCAGCCGCUGCUGCAGCCGCUGCAGCCGCCUCAGUUGGAGGGACCAUUCCAGGACCUGGCCCCGGGGGUGGACAAAGUCCAAGAGAGGGUGGUGAAAGGAAAACUGCUGGAGGAGGGAAUGCAGGCUCAGACCCAGUCAGUACAAGUGCAAAAGGUCCCACACUGGAACUGCCGGGAACUGGAAGCAGGGGAGGUACGAGAGAACUUUUACCCUGUGGUCCUCAACCUGAGACCAAUACAGCAGGCCAGACGCAGCCUCCUGGUGUCUCUGGAGCACAGCUACAGCAAACCUCCUCAGUGCCUGCAGGACGUGCCAUCAGUGCAGCACGCACAGACAUCCCAUUACCAGCUCACAUAGAAACAUCAGACAGUGAGAAACCAAACCCCCACAAGGCAACAGCCACAGCAGCCUCUCCUUGCCACUCGCAAGACCCUAGGAGUUGCAGACUUGAGAAAGCUCUGUCUCCAACAGGGCCUCCUCUGAUCUCAGGAGCCUCACCUGUUUGUUUUGUAGCUGAUGGCACAGUUGAGCCCAAAGCAGGUUCUAAUAAGAAUGCACCAAAGCCUUCAGCCUUAGCAAAGACAACGGCUUCUGCUCCACUAGAUAUGACUUCCUCUCCUGUAACAUCUUCAUUGACAACAGCCAGUUUAGAAAAACUCCCUGUACCCCAGAUCAGUGGAACUGCAACAUCUACUGGAUCAGCUCCAUCCUCAAGCACUUUGCCAGCAGCUUCUAGCCUUAAAACCCCAGCAAAUAUGAAUGGACCCAUUUCAAGACCAAGUUCUAGUAUCCCUGCUAAUAAUCCUUUAGUUACUCAGCUACUUCAGGGCAAAGAGGUUCCCUUGGAGCAAAUUCUGCCUAAACCUCUCACCAAAAUUGAAAUGAAAACAGUUCUACUGACUACAAAAGAGGAAAAGGGAAUAGGGAUAUUCCCUGGUACCAGUGUAAUUGAAAGUAGCAACAGAGAGGAAGUUAAUGGCAGGCAGGCCCAUCUGGCUAUCCAGCAGCUGGGGAAACCCUUGCAAAGUAAACAGCUUUCCCAGGUUCCAAGGCCAGUUUUCACUGCUAAGGACCGGAAGGACCCCUGCAUUGACACUCACCAGUACCAAGAAGGUCUAAGUAAAACAACGCAAGAUCAGCUUUUUCAGACUCUCCUCCAGAGGGCUCAGAGGCAGAGUGUUCUUUCAUUUGUGCCGCCCUCUCAGUUCAGCUUUGCUCACUCAGGUUUCCACUUGGAAGACAUCCCCACAACCCAGAAGUUCACACUGGGUUUUGCUGGCAGAAGGACAUCCAAGCCUGCAAUGGCAGGUCACUAUUUACUUAAUAUCUCCACCUAUGGCCGGGGUACAGAGAGCGUUAAGAGGACCCAUUCUGUAAAUCCUGAGGAACGCUUUUGUCUAAGUAGCCCCACCGAGGCCUUGAGAAUGGGACAUGCAGAUUGUAAAACCACAACUGGAGAAAGCAGUAGCAGCAAAGAAGAUGAAAGUGAUGAAGAUAGUGUGGGUGAUGAACAGGAAGCUGUGUCAGUGAAGGAGGAGCCCUGGGCUUCUCAGAGUUCUGGCAAGCAGCCCUACAGUGGGGAACCUCCAUCCACCAAUGAGUGUUUAGCUAGCAAGAAUGGUAAGGCCGAGCCACCAGUGAGUGAACAAACCACUUUAGGCAAGGAGAAUUACAUAUUCUCUAGAGGCCAAACGUUUGAUGAAAAGAUCCUAGCCAGAGAUUUUAUUCAGGCUGCACAUAAACAAAUGACUCAUACUGUGAGAGGUAAGACAAUAUGUAGCAGCCCUGAGCGUUUCAGUUCUGCUGCUCUUUCUCUCCCUGCAGACAGCCCCACACAUCAGCCUCUACUCCUUCCACCACUGCAAACCCCAAAAUUAUAUGAAAGCCCCACACAGAUAGGGCCAAGCUAUAGAGGCAUGAUCAAUGUCUCCACCUCAUCAGACAUGGACCAUAACUCUGCUAUACCAGGCAGCCAGGUAUCUAGCAAUGUAGGAGAUGUCAUGUCGUUUUCAGUAACUGUCACUACCAUUCCUGCUAGCCAAGCAAUGAAUCCCAGCAGCCAUGGCCAGACAAUUCCUGUUCAGACUUUUCCUGAUGAGAAUAGUAUCGAGGACACACCUUCAAAAUGUUACUGCCGGUUGAAAGCCAUGAUCAUGUGCAAAGGAUGUGGAGCUUUCUGCCAUGAUGACUGCAUUGGCCCCUCCAAACUGUGUGUCUCCUGCCUCGUUGUUCGGUAAUAAGACUACAGCAUAUGUAAAGGAGGGAAGGGUAGGCUUAAAAAGACAUGUUGCACCCUUUUUAAAUCACAGAAAUAAAGUUUCAGUUGUCUCAAGAGACGUUAA